CUCGUUUUCUGUACUGUAGUUUAUAUAACCCAGUCAUUGUGAAAAAGAAAAUAACGCUUUUCCUAAAUCGCGGAACCAUUCACAUCCAAGCAAUCCGCAAAGGUUCAAGCCUGCGAGACGCAGCGUGCCUGGGGAGGGGAAGCGGGGUGGGGCUUGAGGUCACAUGACUAGCUAGGGCUGACCCGCCUCCUGCAGCUGAAGACUUCCCCUCUCUCAGUGACAGAGCCUCUGGGUCCCGUCUAGGUACAGAUUCUGCAUUUCGAGCCCGGGCAGGUGAGGUGCGACAGGUAAAUUUAGCACAAUGGAUUUCUCCAAGCUACCCAAAAUCCGUGAUGAAGACAAAGAAAGCACAUUUGGUUAUGUGCAUGGAGUCUCAGGGCCUGUGGUCACAGCCUGUGACAUGGCAGGUGCUGCUAUGUACGAGCUGGUGAGAGUGGGGCACAGCGAACUGGUUGGAGAGAUUAUCCGAUUGGAAGGUGACAUGGCCACCAUUCAGGUGUAUGAAGAAACUUCUGGUGUCUCUGUUGGAGACCCUGUACUCCGCACUGGUAAACCUCUCUCGGUAGAGCUUGGUCCUGGCAUUAUGGGAGCCAUUUUUGAUGGUAUUCAGAGACCUCUAUCGGAUAUCAGCAGUCAGACCCAAAGUAUCUACAUCCCCAGAGGAGUAAAUGUGUCUGCUCUUAGCAGAGAUAUCAAAUGGGAGUUUAUACCCAGCAAAAACCUACGGGUUGGUAGUCAUAUCACUGGUGGAGAUAUUUAUGGAAUUGUCAAUGAGAACUCGCUCAUCAAACACAAAAUCAUGCUACCCCCACGCAGCCGAGGAAGUGUGACUUACAUUGCACCGCCUGGGAACUACGAUGCCUCUGAUGUCGUCCUGGAGCUUGAAUUUGAAGGUGUGAAGGAGAAGUUGAGCAUGGUCCAAGUGUGGCCUGUGCGUCAGGUGCGGCCUGUCACUGAAAAGCUGCCAGCCAACCACCCCUUGCUUACUGGCCAGAGAGUGCUCGAUGCCCUUUUCCCGUGUGUUCAGGGAGGAACUACUGCUAUUCCAGGUGCUUUUGGCUGUGGAAAGACUGUGAUUUCCCAGUCUCUAUCCAAGUACUCCAACAGCGAUGUGAUUAUCUAUGUCGGCUGUGGUGAAAGAGGAAAUGAGAUGUCAGAAGUUCUCCGGGACUUCCCUGAGCUCACUAUGGAAGUUGAUGGUAAAGUAGAGUCCAUCAUGAAGAGGACAGCGCUGGUAGCCAAUACCUCCAAUAUGCCUGUGGCUGCAAGAGAGGCCUCCAUUUAUACUGGAAUUACACUAUCAGAAUACUUCCGGGACAUGGGGUACCACGUCAGUAUGAUGGCUGACUCUACCUCUAGAUGGGCUGAGGCCCUCAGAGAAAUCUCUGGUCGCUUAGCUGAAAUGCCUGCAGAUAGUGGAUACCCUGCAUACCUUGGUGCCCGACUGGCUUCUUUCUAUGAGCGAGCAGGCAGAGUGAAAUGUCUUGGAAACCCUGAGAGAGAAGGGAGUGUCAGCAUUGUAGGAGCAGUUUCUCCACCUGGUGGUGAUUUUUCUGAUCCAGUCACAUCUGCUACUCUGGGUAUUGUUCAGGUGUUCUGGGGCUUGGAUAAGAAGCUAGCUCAGCGCAAGCACUUCCCGUCCGUCAACUGGCUCAUCAGCUACAGCAAGUACAUGCGCGCCCUGGACGAGUACUAUGACAAACACUUCACAGAGUUCGUCCCUCUGAGGACCAAAGCUAAGGAGAUUCUGCAGGAAGAGGAGGAUCUGGCGGAAAUUGUGCAGCUCGUGGGAAAGGCGUCUUUAGCAGAGACAGAUAAAAUCACCCUGGAGGUAGCAAAACUUAUCAAAGAUGACUUCCUACAACAAAAUGGGUACACUCCUUAUGACAGGUUCUGUCCAUUCUAUAAGACGGUGGGGAUGCUGUCCAACAUGAUUUCAUUCUAUGAUAUGGCCCGCCGGGCUGUGGAGACCACCGCCCAGAGUGACAAUAAGAUCACAUGGUCCAUUAUCCGUGAGCACAUGGGGGAGAUUCUCUAUAAACUUUCCUCCAUGAAAUUCAAGGACCCAGUGAAGGACGGCGAGGCAAAGAUCAAGGCCGACUACGCACAGCUUCUUGAAGACAUGCAGAACGCAUUCCGUAGCCUGGAAGAUUAGAACUGUGACUUCUCUCCUCCUCUUCCGCAGCUCAUACGUGUAUAUUUUCCUGGAUUUCUCAUCUCCAACCCUUUGCUUCCAUAUUGUGCAGCUUUGAGACUAGUGCCUCGUGUGUUCUCGUUCAUUUUGCUGUUUCUUUGGUAGGUCUUAUAAAACACACAUUCCUGUGCUCCGCUGUCUGAAGGAGCUCCUGACCUUUGUCUGAAGUGGUGAAUGUAGUGCAUAUGAUACACAGUGUAACAUACACAUUGUAACAUAUACGUUCUGUAAACUUGUAUGUAAGGUGACUACCCCUUCCCUCCUCUCCAGUAAACUGUAAACAGGACUACUGCAUGUGCUCUAUUGGGGAUGGAAGGCCAGAUCUCCAUACCGUGGACAGGUACGUAAGGAAA